ACCAGCUGGCAUUUUCAAUUGAUAUCUUGGGCCAGGACUUUGUACCCGAAAUCCUGACCUUUAAACCCAGGUUUAUUGUCUUUAAUUAAUUUCCAGGACAGAGAUCAAGAGUUCCUUACAGUCAUGCGGAGCACGGACAAACUCUUAGGAACUGCUCCCUGUGGAAACCCUCACCUCACACUCUGCAGCCUGUGAUUUAACCUGCUUUUUUUAGAGGGACUUUAAUCACUUUAGCCUACCUUCAUGCAUCAUGCGAAACCGCAGCAGCACAUGACGUAAAAGUUUGUUCACGAGUUAGUGAAUCUGCUGGGGAAAGUUUUCUUAACCAGCUCCUCUGUCGGGGUCUCCUCACCUGAUCCGCACGCCACUCCCAGCCGGUGCGCAGCCUUUUCCGGGGGGCCCGAGGCGGCCAGGAUGGGGACACCGGGGGAUCUGCCUGCUUGGAAAGUGACGAUUUUCCUCUUUAAUUUAAUCUCAGCUGCUGUGGCCAAGAGACACAUCGUGUAUUGGAAUUCAACAAACACAAGGUUAACAGCAGGAGAUAUGUCCAUACAGGUGAAUCUGAAUGACUACCUGGACAUCUACUGCCCACACUACUCCAACAAGAGGCCUCAGGGCUCUGGGCAGCCAGAGGAGCUGGCCCUCUACCUGGUGGGAGAGGCCUCGUUCCAGGGCUGUGUGGAGACCAGAGGGGCCAUCAAGAGGUGGGAGUGUAACACCCCCUACGCUCCUUUUGGACCGGUGCGCUUCUCUGAAAAGAUCCAAAGGUUCACCCCCUUCUCGCUGGGGUUUGAGUUUCUGCCAGGGCGCCACUACUACUACAGCUCUCUACCCGCAGAUGAAGGCCCUCCUCUGCCAUGUAUGAAGUUGCGCGUCACCGUGUGCUGUGAGCCCACAUCAGAGGGUUCAAAACAAAUACAAGAAACUGUGGCUGUAACUAGUGCCUGCUACCUGAGGACAGCUUCACCUCCACUCCUCCUCACCCUCAUCCUCCUCCUGCUGACUACCUGACUUCCUCUUCCGUCCUCACCACUGAACUUGCACCCGUUCCCCACCGGCCCGAGAGAUAUUACUCAGACAUUCAAUGUACACAAUGCAAUCUACGUUCGGACAGUGAACGGCGCAAUGUGUUCUAUGCUAAGUUGCUGAAGUUGACAUGUUCCAUUGUGGCUGGUUUACCUGUGAAAAUCCAGAAAAAAACGUUGUGUCUUUUCCAGAAUGGGGCCACAGUGACUCAGGGAUCGACACGCUGAAUCAUUUCUUUCACCCUAUGUGUAAGUAGUACCACAGAAUUUUACACAUAGAGCUCGUUAUACGACUCAUAACGCACUCUGAUGCUAAAAGAACAUUGAGUCUGUCCGGACACGUUCCCAACACGUUUUUAUUACUUUUUCCUUUACUUUUCAAGUUCAGUUUCUCAUUUUUUACUUAUUGUUUUGUAUUGACUUUUUUUAGUACCUGUCUCAUGGUAAAAAGUGACCAAAUUAAACGCAACUGUAAUGAAUGACUCAGGUUGAAGUUAAAUCAGUUAACUGGUGACUUUUAUUUUCUAUACAUUGUUAGACACAUUUUAAAAGUCUCAUUUGCAUCUUAUUAAGAUAAAUUCAUAAAAACAAUUAUAGAUUUUGGAAACAAAGGUAUUUAGGAGGAAAUGAGUGAUUUAGAUUAGUCAACUGGGGCUGCUGCGCCCCCUACUGGGAUCAAACUGGUUUAACUGGAGUUGAACUGGGUUAGCCAAAAACUUUAAAGUGGACACUAUAUUGCGGUGCUGUAUGGUAAUAACAGGACCUUGGACAGAUUUUUUCCUCAUUGAUUGGACCCCAUGUUGUUCUGCUUCUCUACCGUGCUUCAGAAAACAGCACAGAACAGAGGGGUUUGUGGGUAAAGAGAGAACAUCAGCUCGCCUUGCUCCACUGAACACGCUGCGGACUACUGCGGAGGCUGAUUUGUCGAUGCCCCUGGUAAACAACCAGGUGUGCAGAUAUGCACACACGUUUUUUCUUGUUGGUUAUGUUUUGUAAUUCUUUUUUUUUUUUACCCGGGAUCCUUGAUUUUAGGUUUAACUGUAUAGUUAAUAUAUUCUGCAAAAUGAAGAUGUAUUAACUGCUUAAUUCAACGUUUUUGUAAAAACUGAUCUCUGAUAUAAGUACAAACAAAUACGCUGUCGCAUACACAAACAAUGAUUUAUAUUCUGGAUUUACGGUAUAUGCAUUCUGUGCUUUAUUUUGAAUAUGUUUUGAGACAGUGUAGUUUCACAGGUAAAUUGAUUUGAUGUUAUUUUUGCCAAAUAUUUUCUUUAAAGAAAUCUCUAAUUGAUUGUUCUAAAUUAAGAAAAAUAUAUCAGAACUAAUUAUUACAUUUAUCAAUUGAAACUAACAUCUAGUUGUUUGUUUUUUCAUUGAAAUUAAAUGAGUUUUAUAUAUUUAUACAUUUACAUAAUUAUUUCCCCACAAUAUUUGAGUGAGGUCAGAAAAUGUAUAGGUAAUUGUAUUUUUUUCUUGCAUGGUUUAUUCUAUUUUUUAAAAACUACAUUGUUAGCACUUAAUAUAUGCUCCUCCAUGCUGUAAAUCACACCAGUUAUGCUAUUGUUUCUUUAAAUGUUAUUCCUAAGUGGGUGAUACAAGUUAUGUUUCAAGAAUCAUUAAACAACUUCAGUGUAGGAUUUUACAAUCAUGUACAACUAGGAAUGUGUUUUUGAUAUUGUAAGUGUUUGUUUAACGUGUUCUUCUUUCACAUUUUAGUGAAGAAUGUAGCUUCUUCUGUGAAGAGCCUAUUGCAAUCUGAGCCUUUUUCUACGUGGCAAGACAACACAAAUAAAUAUGGUUGCAUUUAAA